CUCAAAAAAUCAAACUCAUAAUCAUCAAUGGCAGCAGCCGCCAUAUCUCAAAAACUCACAUUAUUCACCCAUCAAAAAAACCUUAAAAGCAACCAAAAUCUCAUCCUUAAUUGUCUCACACCCGCAUUUCCAUUUCCAAACAUCCUCCUUUUUCAUCAUUCCAAAUUCAAACAUAAACUCCAUUACACCAACAACAACAACAACAACAACAACACUACUUCUGUGCUUGACUAUUUUCCUGGACAACGAUGGUGGCACUUAAAACAAGAUAAUGAAAAUCAUUUGGUCAAAGUCAAACCAAUUAGUGUUUGGUAUGUUGUUUGUAGAAUUUGGGGAUUAGUGGCUACUGAUGAUAAAAGAGUUAUUUACAUUGGCUUAUUUUCUUUAAUUCUUGCUGCGGUUUCAGAGAUAUCAAUGCCAGGUUUAUUGGCUGCAUCAAUCUUUGCAGCACAAAAUGCACAAGUUUUAGUGUUUUAUAGAAACUUGAAGAUUUUGGUGUUUUUGUGUUUCGUUUCCGGUAUAUGCAGUGGAUUACGAAGUGGUUGUUUUGGAGUCACAAACAUGGUUCUGGUUAAGCGUCUCAGGGGAACUUUAUACAAGAGUCUAAUAUUUCAGGAUAUAUCCUUCUUUGAUAGAGAAUCAGUUGGAAAUUUAACCAGCAGGCUUGGGGCAGAUUGUCAAAGAUUGUCAAAUAUCAUUUCAAACAAUUUACAUUUGAUAGCACGGAACUCUCUUCAGGGAUUAGGAGCAUUGAUCAAUCUGUUGACAUUAAGUUGGCCUCUUGCGCUGUCAGCUUGCUUUAUAUGCAUUCUUCUUUGUAUGAUCUUUCUGGUUUAUGGGAGGUACCAGAAGAAAGCAGCAAAGCUUAUUCAAGAUUAUGCUGCUAAUGCCAAUGAAGUCUCUCAAGAAACUCUUUCUUUGAUGAGAACGAUACGGGUUAAUGGAACAGAAUCAAAAGAAGACGAAAGGUAUAAGCAGUGGCUGGAGAAAUUGGCUUAUGUAAGUGUACGAGAAAGUACUGCCUAUGGACUUUGGAAUUUUAGUUUCAGCAGUCUCUACCGCUUAACACAGCUUGUUGCGAUCAUCCUGGGAGGAAUGUCCAUCCUUACUGGUCAUGCAUCCGCUGAGCAACUUACCAAGUAUGUAUUGUACUGUGAGUGGUUAAUAUACGCAGCUUGGAGGUUGGCAGACAAUUUUUCGUCUUUACUUCAGUGCGUUGGAGCUAGUGAAAAGGUCUUUCAGCUAAUUGACGUCUUGCCUAGUGAGCAGUUUUUAGCGAAAGGAGUGAAGCUGGAGAAGCUAGGCGCCCAAUUAGAGUUCAGAAACGUGUCCUUUCACUAUCCUACACGGACAAUUAUGCCCACUUUAGAAGAAGUUAACAUAUCUAUACAACCGAAUGAAGUGAUUGCAAUUGUUGGUCUCAGUGGUAGUGGGAAAAGCACAUUAAUCCAUCUAUUACUUGGUCUCUACAAACCAACACAGGGUCAGAUACUAAUUGAUGGUCAUCCACUUCAAGACUUAGACAUCAGGUGGCUGAGAAAGAAUAUUGGUUACGUUGGACAGGAACCACAUCUAUUUCGGAUGGAUAUUAAGUCAAACAUAAGAUAUGGAUGUUCUCGGGACAUAAAGCAGGAAGAUAUUGAAUGGUCUGCAAAACAAGCAUAUGCUCAUGAGUUUAUUUGCUCCCUUCCUGAUGGCUAUGAAACAAUAGUUGAUGAUCAGCUUCUAAGUGGGGGGCAGAAGCAAAGAAUUGCAAUUGCUAGGGCCAUUGUUAGGGACCCUGUUAUUCUGAUCCUUGAUGAACCCACAAGUGCACUCGAUGCAGAAAGUGAAUACUACAUUCAGGAGCUGAUGGUUAGAUUAAAAAAUGACACAAAGGCGAAAAAAUCGAUCCUUUUCAUAGCGCACAGGCUGUCAACAGCAAGAGCUGCAAACAGAAUCGUGGUCAUGGAUAGAGGCCGAGUUUCUGAGAUGGGUGAUCACGAGACACUUUUGCAGCAAAAUGGAUUAUAUACACGAUUACAUCAACUUCAAAGGGAAGGACUUUAAAUUUUCACCAAGUUCUACAACAUCAAUUCACAUAUCCCUUUUGAAACCAAAGGAAUGGGGUUUUCCUUGUUCGGGUUACUUGAGAGGACGAGCCCUAAUGUUGAUGUAUGUGGUCUAACUGGGAUAUCUCCGUGACCGACUCCAAAGAUGUUUACAGGGCGGUGGAACUGAAACAUCUUGUCAGAAUAUUAGAUGUCCGAUUGCUAGGCCAUCUAGGCCCUUUGCAAACCAAUUAUGCAUAAAUUGGAGAAAACUUAAAACAUGUAAGCAAGUGUUUUCCUUAUUUAUUAUAUAUAUAUAUAUAUAUUAUAUAUAUAUAUAUAUAUAUCCUCGUUACAUUCUUUUCUUAAACAAAUAUCAUAGGAUCAAACAAAUAUACAUAACGAGUACUAUAUUAGUAGUAAAGUAACAUCAUAAAAACACCUAAAGUUGCUCAAGAGCUUGUGUUGAGAAAUCAUCAGGCUGAGGAACUUGUUGAUGCGGCAGAGGCCGAGGCUCUUUCAUUUGAGCAUUCCCAGUUGAUUGAUUACGAUUAGCCGAAGGUCCAGUUUCGAUAUCAUGACCCUUGGCAGGAUGUUCAUUAAUGGGUUUGUUUUUAAAAAUGGCUUCAUCAACAUGGACUUUAGCUUUAAGUUCUUGCCAUGGGAGAUCUUUGGGAAAGGACCCUGAUGAUGAGUUGUUGCUAUUUUUGACGUCCAUUAUAUCCUUCUGAUGCUUACUUUUGUUGGCUGGGUUUAGGCUUUUUAAUGAGAUGAGACUAGAAUGAAUUGAAGUCAAUUGCAUGGGUUGGAUUUGGACAAUACAUACGUGUCUCAUUCAUGGAGAAAGUGUUUUCUCCACAUAGACAUUUACAUACAACUGAUAUUUUACAUGUAUAUGUGUUAUAAUUAUGUAUAUCUAAAUUCAUUUGGUAUAUAUGUAUACUAAAAGGAUCAAAUCAGAA